CAAACUAUUUCAUCUCUUCCCAAUUCCAAACACUUGCAUACGACGAUCUGUAACACAGUCACCAUGCCAUCUACUUCAACAGUGGCUCCUCCAACACCGCCCACCGCUCACUACCUUGAAGCCCUGUUAGCCUCCUCACGUCCCUUCCUUCGUGGCGAGCUUCAAUCGGUGGACGACAAUCUUCCUUCUUUGGUCACCGUUCUGCGCUCCGUUGGUGCCGGAGAGUGCUGGCACAAGCACGGUAGCUUCUUAGAGCAUCUGCUCGAUAUCUAUCGUAUCCUCAAGAUAUGGAAAGCUCAAGACCCCGUUUGCCUAUGCGGCCUCUUUCACUCCGCCUAUUCCAACUCUUACGUCAACCUCGCCAUUUUCGACCCUUCCACCGGCCGCGACGUCGUUCGAGCUCACGUCGGUGACGCCGCCGAGCGUUUGAUUCAUUUGUUCUGCAUCGUCCCGAGACAGUCUUUGAUCCACGACGACCUUGUGUUCAAGUAUUCGAAUUCCGAACUCGUCGAACAUCUCGGGGCGUCCGAGGUUUCGUUGAAGAACGCGAAAGAAAAGGGCGUUUUCGGCGACGAGGCUUGGAGGAAGAAGAUAGGUAAACUAUUGCCUGAAAACGGGAUCGUAGUGAAACACAUAAAGACCGGCGAAGACGUGCCGGUGUCUCGAAGGGUGUUGGCCAUUUUCCUCCUGAUGACCAUGGCGGAUUUCAGCGACCAACUAUUCGGGUUCCAGGAUGUAUUGUUCGAAAACCACAAUGGUCGGCUCGAAUUCGCAGGGAACUAUAACGUUGCCUUAUGGCCUGGAAAUGGCAAACCAGGGCUGUGGGUGAAUUCGAUAUCGAGAAUGGGAGCAAUCUACAGUUUAAUAGUCCGAGAGGAAGAGAUUUUCAUUGAACAAAGGAAAAGAACAGGCGGCGUUGGGGUUGAAACCAAGAGAGAUGAAGAGAUCGAGCUUGUGGUGCCACCGGUUUUCGACAACUGUACCAAGGUUUUGGACGAGCAAGAGCAAAUAGAAGCCAGAGACUUGUACUGGGAAGCUGUUUGUGAUGAUUCAAAAGCAGGGCAGGAGCGAGCGGAGGAGUUGUUGUUGAGCAGCAUUGAGAAGAACCCAUUUGUGGGGGAACCACAUGUGGUAUUGGCUCAGGUUUAUUUGACGAGAGGGAGGUUCGAGGAGGCUGAGAAAGAGGCUGAAAAGGGUCUGAUUUUGAUGUUGGAAUGGAGCAGUCCAUGGGACAAGAGGAUGUCUUGGGAAGGAUGGAUUGCUUGGGGAAGAGUUUUGUUGAUGAAAGCUAAAGACAAGUGUUGGCCACAAACUUCUUGGGGUGUCCUUAAUCUAGGCCUUGUUAAGUAACAUGGCUUCUUUCCUCUUUUGUUUUAUGCAUAUUCUGAAUAAUAAUGCAGUGAACACAACACUGUACGUGUG